CUUAGAUUGAUAACUUCCCAAGGGCCGACUUGUCAAUGGCUAUUUUGAACGAAAACAGCAGGAUUCAGUGUUUUUUAACACUAGGAAUUUCGCCCGAGAAGGCGUCACAUCUCCUAGACCAAUUGUUUGGAGUCCGCUUAGACGUUAAUGGAGAUGCUACAUCUAUCUUAUACAAAAAUGGAGUAGAAGUACUAUUACAUCGUCAGCCUCUUAUAAUCCUCCAAGGAGGUUGUACUGAUACCAUUCCGUCUAUAUUUGGCCCGGAGAUUGCAGAGGGAAUUAAAGAGAGUCCUCAAUUUAUUGAAGGAAAACAAGAGAGGAAAACAAGCAGCGCAGUAUCAGCAACAAUAUCAACCAAGGUAGAUAUCCACGUCUCUCUGGGACUGAUCCGAGGGACGAUUCUUGCCGAGAAACUAUUCCCAAGAAAAUAUCGCACGAAUUAGAUGAAUACAUGUGCAAACUACUUAUAUCACUUUCACCCUCCCAUCCUUCCCACCGAACCAAAGAGUAAUUCCUUCGGGCACGAUUCCUUCGCCAUUUUGUUGGGUCUGUUGAUUUAUCAAGUCUGACUCUUUCCCAGUUUUAUAUACCAGGGUGAUUGCGUCUUUCCAGUACACCUUUUGCCCAGAUCCGACGAUAACGAUUGGGCAACCCGAGCCAUCGGCAAAAAAAUCAAUAUCCUUGGUGAGGGUCUCCGCCGAGAAUGACAUGGAAUCUCCCGAUAAUUACCUACCUGGGUUUAGGUAGGUUGUUUUAGGUAUAGUACGUAGCUUUUAUGCUCUGAUAUAAAUCGCCAAACUGAUGCGAGACGAAAGGUUUAGGAUACCUAAGCAUGAGCGACCGCGAAAAUCGUUCUUUAUUAAAGAUAAUUUCUGGAACGCGCCCGAUGAAGGCAACCCUACCCAGCCAGAAUAGCGUUAGCUUAAAGGUGUUAUCAGCGCACGGUAUCA